AUUGCUUUUCUACUAACGCGCAACUGAUGAGUGAUGAAUCCAUGGUCGCAGACGUGGCGAAGCUGAGCACGAACGAGUGGUACUUCUUCAGCUUCCGCGACCGCAAGUACGCCACGGGGCUGCGCACCAACCGCGCCACCAAGUCUGGCUACUGGAAGGCCACCGGCAAGGACCGCGUGAUCCACACCCCCUGCAGCUGGCCCGCCGCUGCCGCCGGCCACCACUGCACCGUCGUCGGCAUGCGCAAGACCCUCGUCUUCUACCGCGGACGCACCCCAAACGGCGUCAAGACCAGCUGGGUGAUGCACGAGUUCCGGAUGGAGAACCCGCACACCCCACCCAAGGAGGACUGGGUCCUGUGCAGGGUCUUCUACAAGAAGAAGGCAGACGCCAUGGACUAUGCCGACUGCAGUGACCAGGACGCCAUCGCCGUGCAUAUGCCUCGCGGCAGCGCUGACCCACGAGGGGCGGCAGUAGCAGCGUCGGGCCGAGGAGGGAGACAAUAGGGUGGGGGAGAGGCACCAACUGCGACUGCGCGAGGAGGACGACCCCGGGACGGGGUGGCGACACGAGGAUGAAGACGAGGCGCGGACAUGAAGACGAUGGAGUGGUGCGCAGAUCGAGAGGGCGGCGACUCCAUGGGGGC